UCGCGAAAGGCCAAAAGAUGCUCCCGUCUCGCCGUCCGCUCGGCGCGCGAUCAUAGCUCUGGCCUACGAUUCGACAGGUUCAUUGUCGCGGCCGGACGCAUCUGCAGCUGGAGUCCUGAUUCAGGACGCGUCAGGACUUGACAAUCGAGAUUAUACAAGUGUAUAAAACGCAUAACGGCAUUGUGCGUAAAUGACAUGUAUGGUAUGGGCAUAUUAAAGUUUGCGUCAGAGUUGUCGAAUCUCACGUAAUCUAAUGUAGUUGCAUGAAAUGUGUCGAGAAACGUUGUUAAAAUAAAUAUUGUUGAUUCUGUUUUUGUGGCUGCGUAGGCAACUAAGGAUUUCCUCACCGCAGCUUUGACGGCGUUAAGAAGGAUUAAAGCUUGUCUAACACGGCGCGCAAAUUCCCCUGUGCACACACAUCAGUGAUCUUCUGUGAUUUCGUGUUAAAUCCCAAGAGCAAUAAACGAAGCAAUCAUAAAGUGCAUUAAGGGAAGUAGCAUUAUUUUGCGGUAGCUGCGACUAAUCGUUUCGUUUUCGCGGGAAGAAUUGAUGAAGCGUAUUCAUGUAAAGAAAUAAUUUUGGAAUUGAGAAACCAUUACCCGUCGAAGGCUUCUAUUUCCUGUUACGAAGAAGAUAAUCAAGAUUCGGCAUGAAUAAGUAAUAAGAAAGACCGUGAAAGAGCGAGGAUAUACAUACUACACAUUUUUUGAGUGAUAAUCAUUGGUAAGGAAUUGCGAGCAGUGUGCUUAAUCCAAGCACUCUCAUAAAUUUUGUUGUAUUUCAUGAACGCAAGUAACAUUUUGAUGGAGACAUUAGAUCUUGUCGUGGUUAUACGCUACCGUCUGGAACGUUUUAAAGAAGCAUGAAACAAAAUCUUUUUGCCACGAAGUGAAAUAACCAGCAGCGUUGCCCAUUGAAAAGGAGCGGCAAGUGGAUGAAAGGAAAAGAUCUCGGCGAACGAAUGAUAACGAGCGACGAAUAACGAAGAAAGGAGAUCAUCGUAGAUGCUGAGAAGAACGAUGUUACGACAAAUAUAUUUUGCGACGUAGCUUGAGCAACGAUUAUCCGCGUACAGAGCGGAGAAAGAGAGACAUUUCUCGAAUGGAGAAAAGAGACUCGAGGGAAUCGCGAGAAGACGGAAUUUCAUUACCGUAUUAGUCCGAAUAAAUACUCGAAGGAAUUUCGUAGAUAAGAUCGAUUGCGAGGUCCCAGCAGCCUGCUCGCGUUCGACAUCCAUCUUCCGAGGACCAGAACGAGGAUAUUUCCAAGUUUCUCUCACCCUCUUGUCCGCCUCUCUUCUCAACUUUCUAUCCUCCUAUCCUUUAUCUCUCACUCUUUCUUUCUCUUUCUCCGCUACUGUUUCUUCUUUCCUCUUGUCUACGGCGCACAUCCAAAUUCUCCCCUCCGAGUUGCCUGAGAAGUUUCAUCGGCUCGCGUCACAUUACGAACAUUAUGCAUGACCUGGCCGUAUCUCGAGUCGUACCCGCAUCUGAUAUCCGCACGAUCGUUCCACGUUUCUCGGAAGCUUUGGUAAACAUGGAUGAUUCUGUUACGAGGAUCGAUUCAUCUUGUGAAGCCAUUGAGCAGAAUCAAUGAGGGAAGCGUGGUGAUUCAUGAGACUUACGGAAGGCGUCGAUUAGAAAGACGUGGAAUUGUACGACAGGUGGCAAUAAUGAGAGCACAAACGUGGGAAAGGCAAAGACAAUUCAAUGUCCGCUGAUCGGAAGUUCAUCCGUAUCGUUCUUCGAAAUAUCGAGAACUUUAAAGAACACUUCCGACAAUGACAAUUAACAAUGACAAAUACAGAAUCAUAUGUCGCGCUACGUCUUAAAUGCAAUCAACAAUUCCGGCGACGACGACCAGGUCGGAUAAUUCUAUUGAUAGUAUCCGUGCCGUGAGGGAAUAAUCUCUCUUGCGAAAGGGAAGGUAAUAGGAUCACGACGGAUUGAAUUUCUCUUCUUCUGUCGUACCGACGGCGACGAAAAUUCUAACGCGAGAUAUAAGACAGGCAAAAUAAAUUCUCUACCAUUGUCCCAAGCUCACACCAAGGAACGACGUACUGCGAAGAUCGAGGAAGAUUAAACUUCUAACUGAUAUAGUGCUACGCGAUAUUUCAUAUUCCGAGAACGAUCGUUGUCGUGUGAACACGGAUUUCGGUGACUCGUGAUUUCGGAGACCAUGGACAAGCUGCGUGAUCGGACAAUCAUCCGGCAGACAAGGAGCCGCUCAUCGAUUGUAACCGGAAAGUUGAAGCCGGGAUGCUGCACGCGGUUAUGCUAGGUAGCGGUCCAGGACGGGGGAGACGUGAGUGGUAUCCAGGAUUUUAUCUCCAACGUCGUCGUCUUGGCUGUAGGAUGAAUCGCGGCGAGCAGGAGACUCUCUUCCGGCAAAGCCGGCAGAUCACGCGGAUCGUACCUUCCCGCGAGGACCUCGUUUUGAGUGUUCUCAAGUCGCCAAUAAAUCAGCAGCAGCAGCAGCAGCAGCAGCAGCAGCAGCAGCAACAGCAACGACAAUGUCGACAUCCGUAUCAGUCGCACACCCAGGGUCACUUUAAUUGCCAAGGUCAUCCAAAUAAUAAGAGGUGCAGUUAUUCAGGUGACAACGAGAGUCUUCCACGAAGCAAGGACCAAUGCUCUAGGCACGCCGAAAAACGGUGCAGCCCCGCGACCGCCUACGCUGCCCUCCAGGGUAGCGAGGACGAGCUCGUGGCCGAGCAGGGUCUCGAGGCGGAGAACAUCGCGUUGAAGACGCCCGGCAGCGAGACCGAGGACACAGGUCUCGAAGAUAACGGCGCGAACGCGGAGGAGCCGCCUUCACCCGCACGUCGUUUCACUUUCUUACGUCGCUUCCGCUCGCCGCGCUUCGGCGAGGCGCAUCACAAGCGGGUGCCGACACCCAUGAAGCGGAAAUACCGGCGCAAGAAGAGCAAGGAGGAUAUCAUUGAUGACAAUGACGUGGCCGGCGCCGAGGAGGAGCCGCCGAGUCCCGAUCAGACCGGCAUGCCCGAUCCUUACUAUCCGAUCUACCUGCCGAUCGAUCAGGCCUUCAAGGCCAAGUACGUGUUCCAUCAUAAGAGGGGCAAGACCUUUCAGGAGCGCCUCUACGUAUUCCUCGAACAUCCCGGCGGCUGGCUGUGUUUUGUCUACCAUAUCGCUGUGUUCAUGGUGGUAUUGGUGUGCCUCAUAUUUAGCGUUUUGUCAACGAUAGAUCAAUACAGUAACUUUGCAAACGAAACUCUGUUUUGGAUGGAAAUAUGUCUCGUGGUAUUCUUCGGAGUCGAAUAUCUCGUUCGAUUAUGGAGCGCAGGCUGCAGAUCGAAGUACAUGGGCUGCUGUGGACGACUGCGAUUCAUACGGAAACCGAUUUGUAUUAUAGAUUUAAUCGUCGUAGUAGCGUCCAUGGUAGUCCUGUCGGUAGGAAGCAACGGUCAGGUAUUCGCGACUUCUGCCAUCAGAGGCAUUCGGUUUUUGCAGAUUUUGCGAAUGCUUCAUGUCGACCGUCAAGGUGGCACGUGGCGGCUUCUUGGUUCGGUGGUUUUCAUACAUCGACAGGAGUUAAUUACAACACUGUACAUUGGAUUCCUAGGCCUUAUUUUUAGCAGUUAUUUCGUUUAUCUUGCCGAAAAAGAUGCAGUUGGACCCGACGGUAAAACGGACUUCUCGAGUUACGCCGAUGCGCUUUGGUGGGGAGUGAUUACAGUAACGACGAUAGGUUACGGUGAUACAGUCCCGCAAACAUGGAUGGGAAAAAUAGUGGCCUCGUGUUUUAGCGUAUUUGCCAUUUCUUUUUUUGCACUUCCAGCUGGUAUUCUCGGUUCCGGCUUCGCACUGAAAGUACAACAGAAGCAACGGCAAAAGCACUUCAAUCGGCAAAUACCAGCUGCCGCGAUGUUGAUACAGUGUCUGUGGAGGUGUUACGCUGCCGAUAAGGCCAUCAACAGUGUUGCUACGUGGAAUAUCUACAUCAAGGAUCCGGCACCGGCUGGCCAACCUUCGACGCCCUUGGGCAAGUCUCUGAUGAUCCAGGUGGCAAAAAAGGCGAGUGUGCUGAAGAGGCGGAAGUCGCGGAAUCGGAUGGACGUCCAGCAGCAGCAGCAGCAGCAGCAGCAACAACCGGCCUUGCCGCCCGUCACGAUAUCGGGCGGCAUAUCAGCCGGUGCCGGGACUGGCCAAAACGACAAUCAACGUCUCGAAAACGAAGGCGAUGUGGUUUUUUACAUGGAGGAACCUAAGGUGGGCACGCCGAACCGUGCCAGACGUGACAAUCGGGGAAGCCUCUUCACCUCGCAGACGAGUUCGGUGACGGAGGCGACCAGCGAUGAAAUUGACAUCGAUAUCGAAGAACCGCAGAGAGUAACCACGUUGACAGAGGCGCACCGGAACGCUAUUCGAGCGAUCAGGAAGAUCAAGUACUUCGUGGCUCGCAGAAAGUUUCAACAGGCUCGGAAACCAUACGACGUUCGUGACGUCAUCGAGCAGUAUAGCCAAGGUCAUCUAAACAUGAUGGUGCGGAUUAAGGAGUUGCAGAGGAGAUUGGAUCAGACCCUGGGUAAACCGGGGAGCUACCUGGCGGGAAUCGACCGGGCAGGCAACGUAAAACCCAUGACGAUUGGCGCGCGUUUAUACCGAGUGGAGCAGCAGCUAUCGGUGAUGGACAAGAAGCUGGAUCAGUUGGUGUAUGUAUUAAAUGCGGUAGCGCAGAAACAGCAGAUACCCCUGCGUAGUAUAGAGGACGACGUGUAACAGAGAGCCCCCGGCGAACUCGUGCAAACAGUUUUACGACCCGCGUUCCCACGGAUUCUACCUCGCGUUACCAUAACUACAGUGACGCCAAAUAUGUUCAGCGAGGGUUCUUAACGUGAGAGAUGGCACGCGUCCGAUAGUGCUGUCCCGAGCAUGCCCGGAAAGUACAAAUAUUAUUGCGCGUGCUAUUCGAUUCCAUUCGAUUCUCGAGAGACUGCAAUCUCGGAAGACGCUGGAAAUCGCGGCGUCGAAGCAGAUCGCUAUUGGUAUUGGCAACUUCGGCGAUCUUUGUAAUUCCAUGUGUAGCUGCACAGAGAUCCAAUCUACAUCCUCGAUCUUGGAAUAAUUACAAUCGAUGGAAUUACGAUCGUCGCCAUCACUGCCAUUGCCAUCGUGUGUCUCUCAUUAGCGGGAGAAAUGAUAUCUCCUUCAGAGGAGACGUUGUUGACUCGAGGCGUUGUCUUCAACGUUGUCCUUAAGCGUAAACGCAAACGACGAAGUCAAACGCACAGGAUGGAUAAUCGAAUCAACGAUAAAUGAAUCAGACGCGGAGCCAAGCCAUAGAAACCGUAGUUCGCGGUUGCUGUACGCGCAAAAUGAUAUUUCGUUGAACGGGGACGAAAGUAUCAAAGGAAGAGCGCGAAGAACGCUCCUACAUUAUUCAUUGACGGCGCGAAGAUUAAUGUUGUCGUCAGGAAGAAAAAAAAAA